AUGUUAAAUCAACUCUAGUCGUCACUACUCACUACGGGACAAAGUGUGAGAGUAAUAAUAUCAUUAUUAUUUGUUAUUGAAACCAACCACAACCUGAUUAGAUUGAAAAAGUCCAUCCGUCACACCGCGUGAACAAUAUUGCCUGUCACGUAUCCUGGAUCUAUCUGUUCUCACUGUAUCUCAUCCUGUAAAAACCCUAAAUUCAAUCCAUUAUGGUUACUUCUUCAACAAGUAUGAAGAUGUUGAUCUCGUUUCUCUUUCUAUGCUGCAUCUCCACCUGUUUCUCCUCUCCUCUUUCCAUUUCAGAUGGUGUCUUCACAUCUGAACCUUCAAUCGGACGGAAUCUUCUUCAGGCUAAGAAACCUUGCCCUGUAAACUUUGAGUUCAUGAACUACACGAUCAUCACAAGCCGUUGCAAAGGACCACAAUACCCUGCUAAACUCUGUUGUGAUGCUUUUAAAGAUUUUGCUUGCCCUUACUCCGAUGACUUGAACGAUUUGUCAAAUGACUGUUCUUCAACAAUGUUCAGCUACAUCAACCUCUACGGGAAUUACCCACCCGGGCUCUUUGCUAACUUGUGUCGGGAUGACAAAAUCGGUCUGAUCUGCCCUGCUUUAGCACCAGGAACAGCAAGGAACAAUGUCGGGGCUGAUUCUAACAACAGCCCCAACAUCCACAGUUGGUCAAUAUUGACGUUAACUGUGGGUUUCAUAAUCUACGUGUUCCUGUUAAUGUAAGGGGUCAUGAUCGUUUGUAAGUUUGUUGAGUUUUUUCUUAUGUUAUAUCGCCAACCACGUGUAUUAGAUAGUCACUCGAUGAAAUUCUUUUUGUAUAAUUAUUGUUUAUUAGUAUACAGAAAAACGAUAUUUUUGCAACUAAUGUGUGUAAAAUGGCUCAUUAUGAACCUAUUAUUACAGUU